AUGGCACCAGGAAAGUGGGACGACGAAGAAGAAGGCAGCUCUCCUCCUACCUCGCCACAGGUAGCGCCUAUCGCCCGCCGCAGCAAAUUUGACGACGAAGAAGAAGAUGACGAUGUACUAGAUUCAUGGGACGCUGCGGAGGACUCAGAAGUCGAGCGCGAGAAGGCAAAGAAGGCCGCCGAGGCAAAGGCAAAGGCAGACGCAGAAGCAAAGGCAAACCACAAGUCCAAGGCGCAGCGGAUCGAGGAGCACAGGCAGGCAGCACUACGCCGGCGGCAGAUGGAAGAGGAUGGUGAAUCUGAAGAGGAAGAGACCGAGGCCGAGCGCCGCGAACGAAUGCGCCAGGCAGAGCUUGACGCCUCGCGCGCCCAAGCCGAGGAACUCUUUGGCGACUUGAGCGUCAGCAACAAGACCCGUGCUGGCAAGGCCAUCACCGUCACCGACGAGAGCAACCCGGGCAAUGCCAUCGACCUGUCCUCACUCUCCAUCUUCAAUCCCAACACAAAAGACCAGUUCACCAAGCUCCGAGAGACACUCACACCUCUGAUUGCUGCCAACUCUAAGAAGGGACAAUACUCGCUUUUCCUGCAGGAGUUUACCAAGCAGAUCGCCAAGGACCUGCCGAGUGAGCAGAUCAAGAAGAUUGCAUCCGGCUUGACCACACUGAGCAACGAGAAGAUGAAGGAGGAAAAGGCUGCUGAGAAGGGAGGAAAGAAGACAAAGGCGGCAAAGACCAAGACUACGCUCAACGCGAGCAGAGACGUUGGUGUCAGGGCAGACACGAGGGCAUAUGAUGAUGAGGACUUUGGAGAGUGA